AUGCAUGGCCCUACUAAGCGGAGAAAUGUAAGCACUGAGGUCCAAGGCAAUGAUAAGAAGCGACAACGUACAAGGGCUCGAGGCCCCCGAGGGAGUUCCGCCCUAGCUGUAGCCUCCGAGCCCAAUACCCAACAGCAACGACGAGGACCGAAGAAUGGUGAUAGGCGGCGGAAACAACUGGGGGGAGGAGGCCAUGGACAGCCAACAAUCAGAGAGCCUUCACCGGCGUCGUCGGGGCUAGUUGGGGAGGACGAUGAGGAACCUUCGCAAGAGAGGUUCGAUAGGUUGAUGAAGCAGUUGGAUAGUACGUAUAAUAAUGGCGAGUACGCCAAGUGUAUUAAGGCGGGUAAAGCCCUAUUGAAGUUGCCCGCUACUAUACUCCAUCAAGACUGGGGUAUCAGGCGAUGGGGUGGUGCUCUAGAGCAAUACAACCCUGGUUACAGGGUUGUUGAUGGUAUCAGGGAGACUCUGAUUGUUUGCCAUACUGAAAGUGGACAAUAUCAAAGUGCUGUGAGGAUCUGUACGUCGGUGAUUUUCGAUAAAGACGCACCGGCGAGCACCAGGGCUUUGGCGGUGACGCAGAAGAUUGAUUGCCUCCUCAACGCUGAGCGUAUUUGUGAGGCAUACACGUUCGCGUUGAAACAGGACGAUGAAGGAGUGAAGCGUAGGAACGAGGUCUACCAAGAAUUGCAGAAAUGCUUUCCUUGGUUCGUCGGGUUGGCAAGAAUAAAAUACGCAUUCAGAGAGCUCCAGGAUGCUGCAGUGAAUGCGAGGGAGGCGUUGCAAAUAGCUGGCAAGCGUCUCGAUCAAGAGCCUACAUGCUGGGUCCUGUGGUGUUACCUCAUUAUUGCCGAGGCGGCUUCCGAGCUGAAGCCGACCAAGGAGAAUCUAAGGCAGGCCCUGAAAUGGUGGAAGAAAGCGAUCGAUAUGGAGCGCAGGCAUCCGAAAUCUGCGUCUACGACCGAGCGGGGGUCCAUGUGCCGCAUUCAGUGCCUGACCCGCCUCAUAGGCAUACUGGAGGCGUAUGGCAACAAUAUUGGGGAGAAAAUGGCGUCGUACCUGCUGGAGCGUGUGAGGGGCUUACAUGAUGAGCUCACGGCUGAGUUCAACACCAUGUCUAAUAUACCCGCGGAUGACUGCGUUUUGGAGCUUCGGGCAUCGAAGUUGUUCUUGUGUGGUCUGAGCAAGGAGGGUAAGCUCGCGGAACAGAAGCGUACAGUGGUCAUCGACUGCAGCUCGGGAGGUGUUGCUAUGUACCUCACGAGAUCGCUCACUCCUAACUGUACAUGGGUGUAUGAAUCCCCAGCUGGGGACCCUGGUAUGGGGCAUGGGCUGAAGGCCCUGAUAGCGCUGCGGCCCGUGAGGGCCCGAGAUGAGCUCACAGUUUAUCGCUUGCCUAGUAGUACACCAUCAGUCAAGGUCAGAGCGCCGAGGGGAGGGAGGAGGGAGGGCAUCAGCGAAGACGACUUGGCACCGCGUUUGGGGUUCGGAGAGGUUUACGAGGAUCUCACGGACUCGUAUGGCCAUGGAGCAUUGCUGCAAGCCUAUGUCCAUAACCAUGGGGAGAACCAUAGGUCUUCAGUCUUCGACACUGACGCUGUACAGAUCCUUCCUAUGCCUCCUGAAAGGGUGGCUAAGGAUGGCCUCUUCCGAGUAGUAGCGGCUCGGGAUGUCGCUGUGGGGGAGCGCAUCUUCGUGUGUGAUGGUAUAAUCAGAGCUCUAUCGCCGGCACAGUUAGGGCAGGCUGAUCCGGCUACGGUGAUGCCCCUGAGGGACUUGCCUAAGGGAGCCUUUGGCUUCUGGGUCAACCCGAAGACGAUGAAGUACCUUGCGGUGCAGGGUGAGCUACCGGACUUGAGGGUUUCCAAGAAGGCACGAAAAAACGAGGAUUCUGGUCCUGUGGAUAUCGAAGGGCUCGACGAUAUCACCACCAUCUUCGGGUUGAGCAGAAAAUUGACGCAGAUGAUAUUACUUCUGCUGAAGGAGCCGACUCGGUAUGGAGAACUGGUCAAGCUGUUCCACGGCAUACAUCGACUACCCCGUGAUGAGGACUUCUAUAGGGGUGUCUGGAAGCUCGCGGUGAGGUAUAAGUUGUGUGAUAGCAUGUCCUCUGGGAGGUGCCCAGCAGUGGAGCCUGAUGACGAGGACUAUAUUCCUAGUCUAGAGUCCCCCGAGGCUGCUGCCUGGCAGGUCGUGUUCAGUGAAGAUGAGGAUCUGAUGUCUUUGGCUAUCCGAAGACUCCGACAUACAUCGAGGCGGGGUUGUGAUGGUGAGCAACGGGGCCGAUGGGAGGUAGACAGCCUUUGUGUUGUCGCGGAUCGCUUCGGUAUCUUAACUAGCCUCGAGAAAGAUACCAAUUAG